GUUGAUUUUAUUAAAGAUAACUUUUUUAUUGUCUGUCAUUCGUAAUACGAUUUCCAACAAGGCAACAACUGACGUUUGAUGCGAUUAGGCCGCCGGAUUGGCGCGCGACGCGCAAAGAUCGAACCAAAAAAAUAUGAUACACGCCAAUCCUACGCUCUUUCGUUUUAUGAAGGAUUGGCAAGAAAGAACGUCCGUUUAAAGGCUAAAAAUGUCAACAUUCCCACGCGAUUGACGUGGCGUCUGGCAUUUCGGAAAUAUCAACAGUUUUGUCCACGUUCCAGUUGUUUUCGAACUUUAGUAGAGUGUAGUCGUGGUGUUUCGCGCGCUUGCUUAAACUUUUUGUUUCCUUUUAUAUUUAAUUUAAAUUUGUUCAGUUUACAAUUUACAUUUUGUACAAUGCACAAAUUUAAACAAAAGAAAAUUGCAAUUGCAAGUGCCGCUAUUUAUGUCUUAACAAAAGAUAAUAAAAAAAAACGUUCAAAAUGGGUUAAGGAUUGGAAAUUGAAUCGCCAAAAAUUGAGUGAUAUCACGCUUCUCCGUGGACUCGAAGAAAACAAUCCAGAUGACUAUAAAAAUUAUCUUAGAAUGGAUUUAAAAGAUUUUCAGUUUUUACUUGAGCUUAUAGAAUAUAGGACCAAAGUUAAAAAAACAAGAUACUGUAAUGAGGGCUGCAAUAAGUGCAGAAGAAAGACUUAUUGCAACUCUCAGAUUUCUCGCCACUGGAAGAUCUUAUGAAGACUUGAAGUUUAGUACGUGCAUAUCAGCUCCCAGCUUAUCAUUAAUUAUUCCCGAGACGUGUAAAGCGAUAUUUGAAGCCUUAAAAAUGGAUUACUUGAAGUUCCCUACAACGAAAGAUGAAUAGAAAACUGUAACAAUGGGAUUUUGUGAUCGAUGGCAAUUUAUAAACUGUGGUGGUUCAAUCGAUGGAAAGCACAUACGAACUUUGCAACCCCCCGGGACUGGCGCUCAAUUCUACUAUUAUAAAGGAUUUUAUAGUAUUGUUUUGAUGGCGAUUGUAAAUAGCAAUUAUGAAUUCAUACACGUCGAUGUAGGAAAAAAUGGAAGAUUAUCCGAUGGAGGUGUAAUAGAAUUCACUAAGUUUUACGAGGACUUAAAAAAGGGAAAAUUACAACUUCCAGAUAAUGAUGAAACCGUAAAUAAUUUAAAUUUUGUUUUCCUUGGUGAUGAAGCUUUUGCUCUGCAUAAUAAUAUUUUAAAACCGUAUGCGCAACGUGAAUUGACAGAAGAAAAAAGAAUAUUUAAUCAUAUAGACUGUCUAGGGCAAGGAAUUGUGUUGAAAACACCUUUGGACUUAUCGCAUCAAGAUUUAGGUUAUUACAAGGAGCUAUUCACUUAAGCCCAGAAAAGGCAUCAUAUGCCGUGUUGGCGAUAUGCACACUUCAUAACUUCUUAAGAAAACGAGGAAGUUCUUACGUCACCACAAAAAUGUUUGAUAGACUAGAUGGCAACAACAUAUUAAAUAAUGGAGAUUGGAGAGAAAAUGGUAAUAAUGAACUUCCUGGACUACAAAAUACACGUACCAAAAAUAUUUCCGAUGAUGCCAAAAUAAACAGAGAUAAAUAUAUGCACUUUUAUAAUAAUGAAGGAUCAGUUGAAU